CAAACACUUAAAAGCAAAUUCUCAUUCCUAUGCGACGCAGUAUCUCGCUGUGCUUUGAACAAUAACAACGUGCUAAAAAGAAUCGAUAAUGUCGGACAAAACCUGUUGCCAUGGUCCCGGUUACGCAACUCCACUUGAUGCUAUGAAAAAUGGACCCCGAGAGACUCUACUCUAUACGUUGACGAUUCAACCUAAUUUGGAAGAAGAGCACGGCGAUUAUCUGUCUACCAUUGAUGUGGACCCUUCUAGCCCCACAUAUUGUCAGAUAGUUCAUCGCACCUUUACCAAUCGUAAGGGAAACGAGUUACACCACUCCGGUUGGAAUGCUUGCUCCAGCUGUUAUGUUGUGGAUAAGAACGCCAAAUCGGUGCCAAAGAGAAAUCGCCUAGUGUUGCCGGCAAUCAAUUCAGAUUUCAUUUACGUACUUGACGUGGCAACAGAUCCACGAAAGCCCGAGAUCGUGAAGGAGAUAAAUGGCGACGUCUUGAAGAGUCACAAUGUGACUGCUCCGCACACAACUCAUUGCUUGGCCAAUGGAAACAUCAUGAUAUCUGUACUGGGUGAUGCCGAAGGAUAUGCCAAGGGCGAUUUCAUUCUCUUUGACUCUGAAUUUAACUGUGUUGGAACAUGGACCAAGGGGGAGAAGGUGGCGCCAUGUGGUUAUGAUUUCUGGUACCAGCCCUAUUAUGAUGUUAUGGUCUCAACCGAAUGGGGAGCUCCCAACAAGUUUCGACGUGGUUGGAAACCGGAAGAUGCGAAGGAUUUAUCCCAAUAUGGAUGCAGACUUAACUUCUAUAAAUGGUCAACUCAAACACUAUAUCAGACCAUUGAUUUGGGUCACGAUGGCUUCACACCAUUGGAGGUUCGUUUCCUGCACAAUCCUAAACGUCCCGAUGGAUAUGUUGGAUGUGCCUUGAAUGCCAAGGUGUUUUACUUUAAAAAGAGAUCUGACUCGGAUGAUUUUGAUGUGAAAAAAGUUAUUGAUAUACCACAAAAGCUUGUUGAUACUGGAAGUGGCACAGCAACGGAAAUGGGUGGCAUGAUUUCGGAUAUUAUUAUUUCUCUGGAUGAUAGGUUCCUUUAUGUGAACUGUUGGCGUCAUGGUGACGUUCGGCAAUACGAUAUAACCGAUCCAGAGAAUCCUAAACUCACUGGCCAAUUGUUUUUGGGAGGUGCCAUUUGCAGUGAUCUACCCAACGUUGUCGUCAAAGAAGAUAAAGAAUUGACUGAAAGACCAGCUCCUCGCUAUAUCAAGGGUCGUCGUUUGGAAGGUGGCCCGCAAAUGAUGCAGCUCUCCCUGGAUGGCAAGCGUUUGUAUGUGUCAUCUUCACUUUAUUCACCCUGGGAUAAGCAGUUUUAUCCCGAUAUGGUGUCGAAGGGUGGACAUGUGGUUCUCAUUGAUGUCGAUGUGGAUAACGGCGGAAUGACAUUGAAUGAGGAUUUCUUCGUGGACUUUGGCAAGGAGCCAUAUGGACCUAGUCUGCCACAUGAAAUGCGAUAUCCAGGUGGAGAUUGUACCUCUGACAUUUGGCUGGUCAAUGAAUCUUAAUUGGCGCUGUAUUUCAAACGAUUGCAACAUAAAAAUAAAAGUGUUUUAUUUCCCUUU